GGUGGAGGAUAUCAGCAGUUCUCGUUUAUCUGGGUUAGCCUUAACAUCGGCUUCCUCUGUAGCCCAUCACACGAUGCAGCGCCAGACGAUUGACUUUUGCGAUGUGGCAAAGGCCAAGCAGGCGGCUCGGGAAGCGCUCAUCCCAGCGGAGUGGCGGCUCGAGCCGGAACAGCUCCAUCGGCUGAGCCACGCCCCGAUCGAGGCCUUCGAAGCAAGCGGCGGCCUGCUCACGCCGCGCGAGCUGCUCAUCACCUCGUCCAGCGCCCAGGUCCUCCUCUCGCACCUCCAUGCCACAGCUCAAGAAGAGCGAUGGACAGCCGUCGAAGUGACGCGGGCGUUUUGCAAGCGCGCCAGCCUGGCGCACCAGCUCACAAACUGCCUCACCGAGAUCUUCUUUGACGAUGCGCUGCGCCGCGCGGCCGAGCUCGACGCAUACAUGGCGCAGCACGGGCAGCCGGCGGGACCUCUUGCGGGCCUGCCCAUCUCGCUCAAGGACUGCUUCAAUGUCGGCGGCUACGACUCGACGCUGGGCUUCGUGGCGUGGGCCAACGACGCGCAGCCGGCCGACUCGGCCCUGGUUGGUAUCCUCCGGCGUGCCGGCGCAGUGUUGUACUGCAAGACGAACGUGCCGACAGCCAUGAUGAUUGCCGAAUCCGUCAACAAUGUCUGGGGACGCACAUUCAGCCCUCACAAUGUUACCAUGACCAGCGGUGGCAGCUCGGGCGGCGAGUCGGCGCUGCUGGCGAUGCGCGGCAGCCCAUUGGGCGUUGGCACCGACAUCGGCGGGUCGAUUCGCAUCCCCGCGGCCCUCUGUGGCCUGUAUGGCCUCAAGCCCAGUUUCGGCAGGUUCCCCACGUUCGGUGCGAGGAGCGGCAUGGCGGGGCAAGAGUCGAUCAACAGCAUCAAUGGGCCCAUGUCGGCAGACCUCGAGUCGCUAAGCAUCUUUGCGCGCGCAGUCGUCGGCGCCGAGCCGUGGAGGAUCGAUCCAAAGUGCGUCCCGAUUCCCUGGAGGAGCGUGACGGACCUGCCCAGCACAGGCCUCGUCUUUGGCGUGCUCUUUGACGAUGGCAGGGUGCACCCCACGCCGCCCGUGACGCGAGCGCUGCACGUCGUCAUCGAUGCACUCAAGGCCCAAGGGCACACCGUCAUUGAGUGGGAGAACAAGGAGGAGCUGUCGUUUGCCCACGACUUGACCCAGCAAUUUUUCACUGCUGAUGGCCGCGAGGGCAUCUCUGGCAUUAUGGAGCACGGCGGAGAGGCCGACAAGUGGAUCGAAGGGCUAGGUCCCGUCGUACAGAAGAAGAGCAUUCAUGAGCUCUGGCAGGUCCAGGCGAAACGGACGCAGUGGGCAGCGAAAGUGCUGCAGCGCUGGCAGAGCAUCAAGGGCCCAAAUGGACGGGCGAUGGAUGCUCUCCUGUCGCCUGCUACUCCCCACGCAGGCGCAGAGAAUGGCAAAUUCGGCAAGCACGUCGGCUACACUUCGGCUUGGAACCUUAUGGACUACCCGGGUGUGACCUUCCCAGUCGUCAAGGCUGACAAGCAUCUCGACAGUGGUCCCCGCCCUGACUCCUUCUACCACCAAGAUGACGAGCUCAUCUGGCAAAAUUACAGCGCUGAUAAGGUGCAUGGACUGCCCACGUCAUUGCAGCUCGUCGGAGAGAGGCUUCAAGAGGAGAAGCUGCUGGCCAUUCUGGAGCGCGUCGUCGAUGCUCUCCCGGCCUGGAACAACAAGUAGCCAAUGGUAGUUGCAAUUAC